AGUUCGUCGUUGAGAUUACGUGGAUCGAAUCGUGGUGAACAUUUCGUCGUUUUCGUCGCGUCGUCGUGAUGACACCGAGGAUCUCGACAGACGCAACGAUGGAAACAUGAAGACUGUGGAAGAUCGUGCACUCGAUCGACGCAGCUCCAAUCCUGUCUACCAUAAAUGACCGAUGUGACGCAGCCCAUCAGGAAUAUUUUCACGCAAAAUGAUUCGUGCCCUUGUCCUUCUGUGCAUGGCCGUUCUACCUCUCGUACGAUGCCACAAGAUUCACGAACACAUGACAAGGGAAGAGAUGCUAUCGGUGUUUCACACAGGACACGAGUCUGUACCAACGUACGAGGUUGUGCCUGUGUUACAUUCGGUGCACAAAAGGGGUACGGAGCAGCCGGAGAUACACCUGAAGGCUUUCGGGAAGGACAUCAGUCUGUCGCUGAAGCCUACAGAAGGGUUGCUGACAGCGAACCACUUGCCCAUGUGGACUGUCACCAGGAAUACCUCGCAACCUGACGGCCUCCACUACGAGAAAGUGACGGAUGCCGACAUAGAUAUCGGUGACAUCUAUCAAGACACGACGAACAUGGCGUCCAUUCUGCUGCACCGGGACGCGAAUGGGAAAGUGCUCGUUGAUGGCAACAUUGGUUCAGAGUUAGUGAUACGACCACUGCCAGAUAGGAUAUUACACGAAGUAGUAAGUAAGAAUUCAAGUCUUCAUCAAGCUGAAAUGCUGCCAAACGUAACGCGAAGUAAAGGGAAUUUGAAGCGUACGAGUCAUCACGUGGUGUUCAAGAAAGUGACUCGUCCGAGCGGCGACGAGUACAGUGAUUUCACGCUGAUGGAACCCGACCACUUGGCCAAGAGGUACAGAUCGAAAAGAUCAAUCGCAACGAGAACGAAGAGGGAAGCACCGUAUGUGAUCUACCCGGAAAUCCUCUGCAUCGUAGAUUACGAUGGGUACAGAUUGCACGGCGGUGACAAUGUACAGAUCAAAAGGUACUUCGUGUCCUUCUGGAACGGGGUAGACUUAAGGUACAAGCUGUUGAAGGGGCCAAAAAUUCGCAUCAGUAUCGCAGGAAUCAUUAUAUCGCGGGGAAGAGACGCUACUCCGUAUUUGGAAAGGAAUCGCGUCGGUCGAGACGCGAUCGAUUCGGCAGCUGCGCUGACCGACAUGGGCAAAUAUCUCUUCCGUGAGCGACGACUUCCGGUUUACGAUAUCGCUGUCGCCGUCACAAAAUUAGAUAUGUGCAGGAGGCAAUACGCGAAUGACGUGUGCAAUAGAGGAACCGCAGGAUUCGCGUACGUGGGUGGAGCUUGUGUCGUGAACAAACGUCUCGAAAAAGUGAAUUCGGUGGCUAUUAUCGAAGACACCGGAGGAUUUAGUGGAAUUAUCGUCGCAGCCCACGAAGUUGGCCACUUGCUGGGUGCAGUUCACGAUGGUUCACCGCCGCCCAGUUAUCUUGGAGGACCAGGGGCCGAAAAAUGUCGCUGGGAGGAUGGUUACAUUAUGAGCGAUCUCAGACACACUGAGAAAGGCUUUAAAUGGUCCCACUGCAGCGUGUCGUCGUUUCACCAUUUCUUGAAUGGCGACACUGCAACGUGUUUGUACAACGCGCCCCACGAAGACGAGGCUCUCCCUAGAGUUUUACCUGGGAAAUUGCUCUCGUUGGAUGCACAGUGUCGAAAAGAUCGUGGAACGAGCGCAUGUUUCAAAGACGACAGAGUUUGUGCUCAGCUAUUUUGCUUCGACGCUGGCUCCGGAUAUUGCGUCGCGUAUCGUCCAGCUGCUGAAGGUUCUCCUUGUGGAGACGGUCAGUAUUGUCUGAAUGGAAAAUGUGUGGCCGAGCACGAAAACAUUAUCCCAGAUUACACGCAAAACAUUCCAACGUAUGUGCGCCGAGACGGCACACAAGCUGGCACGUUCAAUCCCACAGCCAACAAUCGGCCUCUAUACCCUCAAUACAACAACACAGAGUACAGGUAUCCGUGGGAAUCGACGACACACAGCACGCCACAAUCGAAAUUCAAAUACUCCUCGUCUCUGUCGAAUCUCUUCUCGUUGACGAGCAAUCCUUACAAACGUGUCACACCGUAUGCCACCACCCCUCCGUCGACCAAAUACAAUGCGUACACCACAGCCAGUUAUUUCUACGCCAGUAAAUACAAGAACACGAAAGUGAACAAUAGUAGUAACGAUGUUAGUUUUAGUAAGAACGGAUAUGGUAGCGCCACUACCAGGAAGUACACGAAUUAUUCGUACAACACGGUUAGCCCGGUAAUGAAGGUAACGAACGAUCUGAGUUACCCAAAAAUUAGUCCGUUCAAACAUAAGGGGAUGGUGAGCACGGUGACGCUCGCGACGACGACCAAAGGGGAUCAGAACAGACUUCAGAGCAAUGCUCGCGAACCAGAGGGCGAUGAGUGCACGGACGUGGGGUCAGAUUGCGCGGAGCUGAUUGACAGGCUGAGAACAUGGCUGUGCCAUUUGCAAUCUGUGAAAAGCCGCUGUUGCGCGUCCCUGAAGACGAUCUGCGUCGCUUGAGACACUGGCAGCACUGAAACUUCCACGUUAAUUCCGGUUCGUGAAGGAGUUCGCGCGUGGCCACGCAUCCACAGAGACCACCACAGAUCUGAUUCAGCACGCGUUCAGCUCAAC